UUGCACGGACUAUUAUGCAAGUUAACGAACUGCGUCUGCCACGCGACGUUCGAUUAUCUUGCGUCGAUUUCUUUCGUGCGGCGAAGAGGACAAUUGGGACAAAGUUAUAAAACUGUACAUUCGAUGAUUUUUCUGUUUUCAGAGUAAGCCAUAAGAUGAUGAUGACCAAGAACGAGAUCCUCGCUCUCAGUUGACAAGAGUUCUUUUCGGGAGAGGUCAAAUUGACUGUUAACGCGUUAACGAAAGGAAAAAGGAGGAAUAGCUAAAUAGAAGCGUGUAGUUGUCGUGCCAACGAGAAGCGUUUAAGAAGCAACAACUAUGGAUCCUUAUUCGCUAAGUGUGGAGCGCGAGGCGUCGAAGAACAUCGAGGAAAAUGAGAGGGAAUGUUUUAAAGAUGCGAUUGUGUCAAGCAGAAGUCUCAACAAAGGCUUCGUCGAACCUACUACUAUUAAAAAUGCCAUACCGGAGAUCGCUUCCUGUAUCAUUGCCGCAUCUUUCCAUAUAUCGGUAGGCCUAGCUAUGGCGUAUUCAGCUAUUUUGAUUCCUCACCUUGAGGCUGAGGGCGCGGAACUGCAUGCAACGCAAGAGCAGACUUCCUGGAUCAGUAAGCAAACAACUUUCCACGUGCGAUAGAUUCGAUAAUAAAAUUAUUAAAUUUAUAAAAUAGCAGAGAAUGUGAGGUUUACGAGCAAUAAAUAUUUUUACUAUGACUGUUGCUACAAUUCUAACAGCCAACAAAGAUACACGUGAAACAUUAAGGUUGGAUAAAAACCAAUUUAAUAAAUAUGGCUAGUUUGCAUAAAAAAAAUUAUGAUUUUUUAAAACGACUUUUACGAUUCUCCAAGUCCGAUUGUUUGUGUAUUUGCAAGGAGAAAAUAAAAGAAACAUAUAGGAAUGUUAAACGCGAUCGAUUUUCAGCUAGCGUGGUAGUAGUCUGCACACCUUUAGGCGCCUUGUUAGGUGGGUUUCUGAUGGAGACGGUGGGAAGAUUGCGAACCCUUCAAUUCGGCUCUAUUCCCUUCAUCGCAAGCUGGAUUCUAAUAGCAAUUUCGACCAACAUACCAAUGGUGCUGGUCGGUCGACUAUUAGCAGGGCUAGCCACAGCCCUAGCAACUUCACCGGCAAUCGUCUACAUCACCGAGGUCGCACGACCCGAACUUAGGGGAUCGAUGAUAUCUUUCGGCCCGACUUUGGCCUCGUUCGGCAUGGUGCUUUCGUACUUAAAGGGUGCAUACAUCCAUUGGAGAGUGGUAGCCUGGUUUGGCAUAAUUUACGCAGUUGUACCAAUUAUUUUGGUACAAUUCUUUGUCCCAGAAUCGCCUGUAUGGCUCGUUUCGAAAGGACGACUGGAGGAUGCGAAGAAAUCCCUUGAAUGGCUGUACAAGCAUGAAGCGAAGCAAGGGAAACUGUGCGCCGCGGAAGCACAGUUCAAUACGAUCGUAAAGGAGAACGAGAUCAAAUUGAACGAGCAAAGGAAAAGCAAACACGGCGGUGUCUCCACUAAACUCAGAGCGUUCCUGAAGCCCACAGGAUGGAAACCAUUAACGAUACUUUUCCUAUUCUUCUCUUUCCAACAGUUUUCUGGCAUCUAUAUCACUCUCUUCUACGCUGUCACGUGGUUCCAAGAGGUCGGUUCCGGUGUGGACGCGUACAUAGCCUCGAUUCUAGUCGGUGUAACUCGUUUUUUGUGUUCGAUGGUGAAUACAUGGUUGCUAAGGCGAUACAAAAGGCGGCUCCUCUGUAUAAUCUCGUCUUUGGGAAUGACUCUUUGUAUGGCUGUUUCCGGUUAUUAUACCUAUCUUAUUAAGAACGGCGAUCGUUCUGGAUAUUGGGUUCCUGUCCUGUGUCUGUUGCUUUACGUUUGCACAUCUAUGGUCGGUAUGCUGACUAUUCCAUGGACCAUGACAGCCGAAUUAUUCCCCACCGAGAUCCGAGGGAUCGCGCAUUCCAUUAGCUACUCCAUGGCCAACAUGCUGAUGUUCGCUGCUCUACAAAGUUAUAGAAGUUUACAAGAUUUCCUUGGUGGAUCGCAUGCCGUGCAGUGGUUCUUCGCUGGUGUUUCGAUAGCAUCCGCCGUGUUCGUAUGGCUGUUGCUUCCAGAGACUCACGGGAAAAAGCUUUCGGAGAUCGAGGAAUACUUCCAAAAUCAUUUCCUAGCAGUCGGCGCCGAGGCGAAAACGAAGAAACGACACGCACAAAGAAGGAAACAGCGUACUGAUAAAUCCGCCACAGAGCCAUUGAAUCCGAAAACAAUGCAGAACGUGUAGAUGCUUCCUUUUAUGUGUGGCUGGGAAAAUCACGAGGAAGAAUUCCUAGCUGCGUAUGUACAUAUAAUGUCCCCUCUAUACAUGACAUACGGAUUAUCUUUGUAGUUCAAGUUGUUACCUUCAUAAAAACGCGAAGAUGCGAGGAUCAAAUUAGUACAAACGAAGUACUACUUUGACAUCAUUAAGAUUGAUAGUACUUUGAGUUAGAGGAAAAAAGGAAGGGAGGGACAGAGAGAGAGAGAGAGAAAGAGA